GUUUUAUCUGAGAGGCUGAAUAUACACAGUGGUUGACCAUAUAUAUAAAAAUAGAACUGAACCACAGCCUGCAGGAAGCUUUCUGGAAAACCAACCCCUUAUCUACAACCAUCAGCCUAGGAAGCCAGCCUGCUGACCAGCCCAGAGAAAGCCAGAUAUGGCUAACAUAUUACAUAUGGACGCCCGGCUUCUCAUCUACCGGCAGCUUCCCCAUGCCAACAGCCUCCGACGAGGGCACACCUGAAGCCUUCCGCUUUUUCCACUAUCAACCUUUCCCCUCCUCUGCUGCCUUUGAGUUUCUGCCAAAAUAGAAGCGGUAGUGGAGCCAACUCUCUUGCACAUAAAAGUCUCAAAUGAAACAUGACUGAGGACUCCCAGAGAAACUUUCGUUCAGUAUAUUAUGAAAAAGUGGGGUUUCGUGGAGUUGAAGAAAAGAAAUCAUUAGAAAUUCUCCUAAAAGAUGACUGUCUGGAUAUUGAGAAACUUUGUACUUUUAGUCAGAGGUUCCCACUCCCAUCCAUGUACCGUGCAUUGGUCUGGAAGGUGCUUCUAGGAAUCUUGCCUCCACACCAUGAGUCUCAUGCCCAGGUGAUGAUGUAUCGCAAGGAACAGUACACUGAUGUCCUUCAUGCCCUGGAAGUCAUUCGUUUUAUCAGUGAUGCCACACCUCAGGUUGAAGUCUAUCUCUACAUGCAUCUGCUGGAGUCUGGGAAGUUGCCUCGAAGCCCCUCUUUUCCACUGGAGCCAGAUGAUGAAGUAUUUCUUGCCAUUGCUAAAGCCGUGGAAGAGAUGGUGGAAGAUAGCGUGGACUGUUACUGGAUCACCCGAUGUUUUGUGAACCAACUGAAUAGCAAGUACCGGGAUUUUCUACCCCAGCUGCCAAAGGCUUUUGAACAAUACUUGAAUCUGGAAGAUAGCCGACUGUUGAGUCAUCUGAAGACGUGUUCUGCAGUGUCCAAACUUCCCUAUGAUCUCUGGUUCAAGAGGUGCUUUGCCGGGUGCUUGCCUGAAUCCAGCUUACAGAGGGUUUGGGAUAAAGUUGUAAGUGGAUCCUGUAAGAUACUAGUUUUUGUAGCUGUGGAGAUUCUCUUAACCUUUAAAAUAAAAGUAAUGGCACUGAACAGUGCAGAGAAGAUAACAAAGUUUCUGGAAAACAUCCCCCAGGACAGCUCGGAUGCGAUUGUGAGCAAGGCCAUCGACCUGUGGCACAAACACUGCGGGACCCCGGUCCACUCCGCCUGAACAUUCCCGAUGCUGCAGAUAGUCUGCCAGGCCUGCCCAGAGCGUUUUUUUCUUCGGACGUGAUCUACAAAACUGAUGAUAAGGUUCUUGCUUUGGUGCUUAAAGUGUAAUUGCUUUCUCAGUGAAAUUUAUUUAAGA